AUGACCCACCGGGAAAAACCACCUGUCGGGGUUUUACGUUUUUAACUGUGUUGUGUAAUAAGUAAAUCGGUAUACAACUAAUAUCUGUGUAUUUGUAUAAUACGCGGAAGAAAAACGCAAAUAGAUCUGUUGCUAAAACUGAGGUUAUUGGAGCAAUAAAUGUCGAAGUUACGGGAAACUGCUGCUCUGUUUCUUGGAGCAAUCCCAGUUUUCUUGGGAUAUGAAACGUGGAAAGGAGAUGAGAAAUUCUACUCUAAUAUAUUGAUGCCAGCGAUCCACAACUGUUUUAGUCCUGAAACUGCUCACAACCUAGCAAUAAAACUACUUUCAUUGGGUUUGGUGCCGAAAGGGAAAAAUGAGCAGUAUGAUAAACUAUCCUGCAAAGUGUUUGGACAAACCUUCUCAAAUCCACUCGGUAUUGCAGCUGGGUUUGAUAAACAUGCUGAAGCAAUUGAUGGAUUAAAUAAGCUUGGUUUCGGAUUUGUUGAAGUCGGAAGUAUAACUCCCCUGCCACAAGAAGGCAAUGCAAAACCAAGGGUGUUUCGCUUACCAGAGGAUAAAGUGGUUAUUAACAGGUACGGCUUUAAUAGCUGUGGUCAUGAUGCUGCUGCUGCGAGAUUAGACAAGCUUACAAAAGGUACAAUUGUGCUGGGUGUGAAUCUGGGAAAAAAUAAAGAAUCCACUGAUUUUACAAAAGAUUACACAGAUGGUGUUACUAAGCUGGGAAAAUAUGCUGAUUAUAUCGUUAUUAAUGUUUCAAGUCCAAACACCCCAGGUUUAAGGUCUUUGCAAGGCAGGCAAAACCUACAGGAUUUGUGCACAAAUGUUGUGACUGUGAAGGAGGGUCUACCAAACAAGCCAUCCAUAUUGGUUAAAAUUGCUCCUGAUUUAACAGAAGAUGAUAAACAAGAUAUUGCUUAUGCUUUGCUGCAGAGUAAAGUUGACGGUUUGAUCGUAAGCAACACAACAGUAGCAAGACCCAGUACACUGGUGAACUCACAUAAGUCCGAACGUGGUGGAUUAAGUGGUAAACCACUUUGUGAAGUGAGCACAAAACUAGUUGCUGAUAUGUACAAGCUUACUGAUGGCAAACUGCCCAUCAUCGGUGUUGGUGGUAUAUGGAAUGGUAAAGAUGCUUAUGAUAAAAUCAAAGCUGGUGCAUCCUUGAUACAAAUAUAUACCUCAUUAAUAUAUGAAGGGCCUCCCUUAGUUGGAAAAAUAAAAAGAGAACUAAAUCAACUUUUAGAAAAAGAUGGGUUUACUAAUGUAGCUGAAGCUGUUGGGGCAGACCAUAAGUGAUACUGCCGUGUAUUCUCUAUGUCUAUACAAUCGUAGUAUAUUGUACAUCGCCCCAAAAGAAUAUAUAGUAGGUCGGGGGAAGAUGGGACACCUUUUGAUUCUAUUUUCUCGUCCCAUUCGGUAGUAAACAAAGAUCCUACAAACAAUUUAAAACCGUAUCCUCACGACUCUCAAAGACCGUUGUUAAUUGUUUAAAACACGAUCAGUAUAUUUGGACAUUAUGUGCUAAAGGUGUCCCAUCUUCCCCCACCCUACUAAAUAGCACAGUGCUUCUCCACCCCUGCGUUAAAUUUUGAUCAUUUGAUUUGGUUAAGUCUUCUACAGUAGCUACCAAUGAUUUAAUGGCUUAAAUAACAAUGUAAUUCUAUUAAAGAUUGGUAUUAGCAUGUGCAAUAUAUUUGGGUAGCACGAAAAAGGGUAAGAAGCACCGCCCUGCUCGAAUUUCGUUUUUUUUAACGCAACAAUCAUUUAGUGCCAAAACCUAGAUAGAAUAAAUCAAACAUUUUUCUUUCACAGUUUA